AUAUCGGGGGGAAAUUGAAGGGUCGGGUCGAAGUGGAACGCGGGCGACGCGAAAGCAGAGAUGAGACCGAAGCUGGUGUUGUUCGGGGACUCCAUCACGGAGGAGUCCUUCGGAGACGGGGGUUGGGGCGCCGCUCUCGCCCACCACUUUUCCCGCUCGGCGGACAUCGUACUGCGGGGGUACAGCGGGUACAACACGCGGUGGGCGCUGAAGGUGUUGGAUCGGGCAAUGGACGGUGCUUCUUUCGGCGAGCCACCGGCGGCCGUCGCCGUCUUCUUCGGCGCUAACGAUGCGUCCCUCUCCGACCGGAGCAGCGGCUUCCAGCACGUGCCCCUCUGUGAGUACGGCACCAACCUACGUGCCAUCUGCUCCCUCCUCAAGGAUAAAUGGGACUCGACUAUCGUGAUCCUUAUCACACCACCUCCGAUUGAUGAAGAUGGUCGUAUCCAGAAUCCUUAUGGAGACAACCCAUCGGGUCUGCCUGAAAGGACCAAUGAGGAGGCCGGUGCAUAUGCUAAGGCAUGUGUUGCUGUUGCUGAAGAGUCUGGUGUUCCAGUCAUAGAUAUCUGGACCAGAAUGCAGAAAUUUCCAGGUUGGGAGAAGUUAUUUUUAAGGGAUGGAUUGCACUUCACUUCCCUUGGAAAUAGGGUUUUGUUCGAGGAGGUGGUUCGGAAGCUUAAAGACACGGGCUUGAGCCUCGAGACCAUGCUUGUGGAUCAACCCCUCUUUUAUGAUAUUGACCCCAAAGAUCCUCUCAAAACUUUCUGCAACUGAGACUUUCCCACUAGUGUGCCUAUUUUAUGCCAAUUAGCUUUAGCAAAGAAAAAGUUGUUGGUAGAUGAAAAUUUCCUGUUAACUGUUUAGCGAUGACCUUCACUCUGGAUAAAGCAAUUGCUUUAUCUACUUGCUUGCGGUCCUUUGCACGCCGGUGUCGAAUGAAUGAAGCUUCUGCCAUAGACGAUUCGUACA